UUGUACAAGUUGAAAGGUGGCUCGAACAAAACUUUUGUCCCAAGUGGCACGUGUGCAAUUCGCGGUGAUUCGCACGUUGUCUUUGUGCACCCUUUGCACCAAUCUUUGCUUUCGCCGUUCCGUACACGUGACAUGCUCAAAUCGCGUCUAUAGACCUACAGGGAAAAAAAAAAACCGUGACAUUCAAUCGCUCGUGUUCGAUGUGCCAAGGCCCAAACCACUCCAGGAAAUCCGAACGACCAGUUGCAUUCCUGUUCACUCUCUCGCGCGCGCGUGGCCUGGUUCGUUCAAAUUUCUUGCUAGCUUUUGCGCACGUCACCACCACGCAUUUUUCGUCGGAUGUUUUCCACGGAGCAGCGACUCUUAUUUUUCUUCUUCUGCGUUGGACCUAUACAACGGUGCGAGUUGGCAGAAGAGGAUGAGACCGGGAUACCAGGGAUGUGCGAGCAUCCGCCAAUGACCCUAUGCCGACGGCCGACUGCAAAAGAGCCGGUGAUGUACGACCCAGACGGCGACACGUGCAACUACCACCGGCCCGGUCGCAACUGCCUCGCCGGUGACAACCGCUUUCGCGACAUGGCGUCCUGCGAAGCCGCCUGCGGUGGUCCGCGACGCAAUCCUGCUUGCUCGGCACCUGUGCGUAUGCAUACCUGCAUUCCGGGCGUCGAGACCAACAGCUCGGCACACUACCACUUCGCAGAUUAUUGCCUCCCCGUGGACAGGGGUUACUGCCUCAUUGGCCAGGGCUUCAGCUCCGAGCAAGAGUGCAUAGAUGUGUGCAAAGACGAAGGCACCAACCUGGCCGAGUGUGAGAACAACAACUUGGCCGUGUGCAACCUGUCGGCACACCUAUACCAGGUGGCGUUCUUCCGGGGACGCUGCGAGCGGCGAGCGCACAUCUGCCCAAGAUCUGUAGGGUUCACCAGCGUCAGCCACUGCGCUCGCAUGUGCACAAGCGUCAGUGGCGGCAGGACUGACCGCCCGGUCUGGGCCGACUCGUGCAACCUGCCCAACGAGUUUGGCGAUGCAGACAACCUGAGCCCGGCAAUCGUGCACGAGACGCUUGACACCAUGGCCAACCACAUGCAGGCCGCCAGCAAGGCAGCCGACGAGGCCAAGCGCAAGUUCGUCGCUGGGACCUUCUCGGACUCGGAGUUUGAGCAGUCAGUGGCCGACUACACGCAGCCGUGGCUGCCUGAGAUGCCGACGAACAACUUUGAGUCUAUGACCACAGACGAGGUGUACCAGACAUUGUACCAGACGGCGUGCACCGACCUGCAGUACUACGCGGUGGCCAUGGAGCAGGCUAUGAUGGACCAGGCUGCCUACCACAAGCCCUUCCAGCAGCUGUUUGCCGACGUGAAGCAGAGCAUUGGUGAACUGCUGUGCGAGCUGUGGCUCGGGAUUGAGCGCUUUCAGCUGGAUGGAGGGCCGGACGUGCAGCAUGAUGUGAUGCCCGACGAGUUCCGUAACAUGGAGCACGAUGGCCACCGCAACGUGCGCGACUACAUCGCCCUGCGCGACUACCGACGGCUCGCGCAGCGCAUAUACGAAGGUUUCAUCUACCUGCGCGACCGCCACUGAUCGUUUGC